GCCCCGCCCCGCCGCGGUCCGCGCAGCCAGGGGUCGCGUGGGGCAGGGCCGCGGGCCGUAGGGCGAGCGCGCUCCGGGAACAUGGCGGCGGCGGGCCUCGCCCAGAUCCCCGACGUGGACAUCGACUCUGACGGCGUCUUCAAGUAUGUGCUGAUUCGAGUCUAUGCGGCGCCACCCUCCGGGGACCCGGCCGGGGAGACCAAAGAGAUCGUGCGCGGCUACAAGUGGGCCGAGUACCACGCCGACAUCUACGACAAGGUAUCCGGCGAGAUACAGAAGAAGGGCUAUGACUGCGAGUGCCUGGGGGGCGGGCGCAUUUCCCACCAGAGCCAGGACAGGAAGAUCCACGUGUACGGCUACUCCAUGGGUUAUGGUCGCGCCCAGCACUCUGUCUCCACUGAGAAGAUUAAAGCCAAGUAUCCGGACUACGAAGUCACGUGGGCUGACGACGGCUACUGAGGCCCACUCGAGGCCCCCUCCGUCCAGCAGCCCACUCAGAACUCUGCCCUGAAGGCCCCUCCCAAGGGGCCGGACUGCACCCCCUGGCACUUUGCCGCCCUGGCCAGGUCUCGGGGCCUGGGGCUCCCUCUCGGGAGGAUUAAAAGCAUCGUCAGCUCUGCUGCUCCCUGA